AGCAUAGAAUAAUUACUCCUCUCUCACCCUUUCUACAAAACGACGCUUCUGUUCUGGCGGUUUUCAACUCAAAGUCUCCUCUCUUCCAAAACUCUCAGUUGAAACAGAGAAAAAUGGGAGAGCAAGAGUACGAGUCCUUAUCGAACAACGAAGCAGACGAAGAACAGCCAGAGGACGUUGUUCCUGUCGCCAACGCCAAGACCAGAGCUCGAAAAACUACACGUGUCGCUUCUCUCGAUGUCUUUCGCGGCCUCUGCGUCUUCCUUAUGAUGCUCGUGGAUUAUGGUGGCUCGAUUCUUCCAAUCAUUGCUCAUUCCCCAUGGAAUGGUGUACACUUGGCAGACUUUGUGAUGCCUUUCUUUCUUUUCAUUGCUGGGGUUUCUCUUGCACUUGGAUAUAAGAGAGUUUCAGACAGAGUAGAUGCUACACAGAAAGCAUUGCUUAGGGCGUUGAAGCUUUUUUUCCUUGGUGUUCUUCUUCAAGGUGGUUAUCUGCAUGGAAUAACAUCUUUGACAUAUGGUGUUGACAUUGAAAGAAUACGUUGGAUGGGCAUUUUGCAGAGGAUAUCCAUUGGAUACAUUGUCGCAGCUUUGUGUGAGAUAUGGCUUCCAUGUCAAAGGUGGAGGGAAGUAGGUUUUUUCAGGAUAUAUUAUUGGCAAUGGUGCAUUGCAUGUUCCUUGUUGGUAGUAUACUUGGGGUUGUCAUAUGGCCUGUAUGUUCCAGAUUGGCAAUUUGAGUUACUGAGCUCAACUUCUAUGCCUCCCAAAAAUGGAAGCUUUGUUUACACAGUGACAUGUUCCACAAGAGGAGAUCAUGGACCUGCCUGUAAUGCUGCUGGAAUGAUAGAUCGUUAUGUUCUUGGUCUUAAUCAUCUAUAUACAAAACCCGUUUAUAGAAACUUGAAGGAAUGCAAUAUUUCCAGCAGUAGCCAACUUUCAGAUAAUUCACCGUCAUGGUGUCAUGCUGCUUUUGAUCCUGAAGGUAUAUUAAGUUCCUUGACAGCUGCUGUGACGUGCAUAAUUGGACUUCAGUAUGGCCACAUUCUUGGACAAUUACAGGACCAUAAAGAGCAGUUAUACAAUUGGUGCAUAUUUUCAUUUUCAUUUUUGGGAAUUGGAUUGUUCCUUGCCCUAGUAGGUAUCCCUUUGAACAAACCUCUGUACACAAUCAGUUACAUGCUGGUUACAUCUGCAUCUGCAGGAAUUACAUUUUCUGCUCUGUAUAUAUUGGUAGAUAUUCAUGGUCACAGACAUUUGACAUAUGCGCUGGAGUGGAUUGGAAAACAUGCUCUCAGUAUUUUUGUUCUCGUAAGCUCUAACUUAGCUGUUAUAGCAAUUCAAGGAUUCUACUGGAAUGCCCCUGAAAACAACGUUGUUCACUGGAUUGUAACACGGGUUCGACAGUCAUGAUAUGGUUGCCACGUUCACUGUGCACACGAGUAAGGCUUUGACUCCUGUAUUUCUAUGUAUGUACAAUAAAUGUGGAAACAGUGAUUUAAUGUCUCUAUUAAUAGAAGAAAAUUAUUCGACUACAUGUGAUUUGAUUAUUUGAGUCAUGUUUGCUAGACUUUCCAUGA